GCCCCGGUCCCGCCCCAGCCAUGUCGGUCGAGUCGCGCAGACGCCCCGCAGCCGGUGCCGGGGGGGCGCCCGAGGGGGCGGCCGAGGGGGGGAGCCCCCGCCGGAGCCCCCGCGCCCGGCGAUGCGGAGCGGGGCAUGGCGGCGCCGGCCCCGCCGCUCUGCCUGCGCCUCAUGGCCGCCGCCUUCUACGGCCUCAGCUCCUUCCUCAUCGUCGUGGUCAACAAGAGCGUCCUCACCACCUACGGGUUCCCCUCCUCGCUAUGCGUAGGGCUGGGCCAGAUGCUGGCGACAGUGGCCGUGCUCUGGGCGGGCAAAGCGCUGCGGGUGGUGAAGUUCCCUGACCUCGACAGACAUGUCCCACGGCGGACAUUUCCUCUACCUCUUCUGUAUUUCGGGAACCAGAUCACAGGACUGUUCAGCACAAAGAAACUGAACCUGCCCAUGUUCACUGUCCUGCGAAGGUUUUCCAUCCUGUUUACGAUGUUUGCCGAAGGAUUCUUACUCAAGAAGAAGUUUUCCUGGAGCAUUCAGAUGACAGUAUUUGCUAUGAUCUUUGGCGCCUUCGUAGCUGCCAGUGCUGACUUGGCAUUCGACCUGGAAGGAUAUAUUUUUAUCCUUAUUAACGAUGCCUUAACAGCUGCAAAUGGUGCCUAUGUGAAACAGAAGCUGGAUUCAAAGGAGCUGGGAAAAUAUGGUCUGCUCUAUUACAAUGCACUGUUCAUGAUCCUCCCCACCCUGACCAUUGCCUACUUCACUGGAGACGCGCAGAAGGCAAUGGAAUACCAGGGCUGGGCAGACACAUUCUUCCUCGUGCAGUUCAUGCUGUCAUGUGUGAUGGGAUUUAUUUUGAUGUAUUCCACGGUUCUUUGCACUCAGUAUAACUCUGCUCUUACAACUACAAUAGUUGGCUGCAUUAAGAAUAUUUUAAUAACCUAUAUUGGGAUGUUUCUUGGAGGAGACUAUAUUUUUACAUGGAUGAACUUCAUUGGUCUGAAUAUCAGUAUUGCUGGAAGCCUGGUGUAUUCCUACAUCACUUUCACCGAGGAGCAAAUGAGCAAGGAGUCUGAUGCUGGCAGCAAGCUGGAUAUUAAAGGAAAAAGCUCUGUGUGACCAGGGAGAGGCUUUUUUUGGAAACAACCUCUUUCUGUUCGGCUGAUCCCGGGCAGAAUGCGGGAAGGAAUCCGGGGCGCCUGCCAGGAGCCACCGUGAUGCUCUUAAUUUGCACAGCCUCGAUUGCUGCCUUUGCAAAUCCUUGGGAAGGGAACUGCCUGCACGGGGAGGAAUGCAUCUAAUUAAGUCUGAUCAUGAGGAAUUAACAGGUUUCUAAUCAAGCUGAGAUCUGGCAGCUGAGAUUGGCACGAGCAGCAGGCGGCGCCAAGUAGAGGAGGAGGUGUCAGGGGAUCCUUGGCUGGAUCUGCUCCAUGGAUCUGCUCAGCCUGGAUUGGGAUGCUGGGGCUGCCUCUGCCUCUGCUCUGUAACCCCCAGCCUGGUCCCUCUGGCUGCUGCAGGAAGGGGAGGCUGUGGGAUCCGGCUCCGAGGGCAGGUGACCAUGGAAGGUGUUCCCCUGGAGGAUGCAGGAUGCUCCUGAUUUGGGCUAAAACCUCUUGGAUGAAUGUUCAGUGCUCUCUGAACUGAAAUUUUAGUUGUUUUCUGGGUUUAUUUUUUGUUUCAUUAACCCACUUCUAAAGCUGGGUUUGCCCUGCUGGUUUAUUAGAGCCCUGCAAACGUUCACCCCUCUCUUUCCUGCUUUUCAAGGCUCAGGGAUAUUUCCAACAGGAAGGUUUUACCUGCCACUGGUAAGCUUGGCAGAGCUGGCAGCCUCCCUCAAACCACCCCGGGGGCAGAAACUUUUGGAUUUGGGAAAGCUACUGACCUCGCUGGGCAGUUUGAAUCCAACAGGGAGAAGCUGCAGGAUUCACAGGACUUCAUCCCACCUGGCACACAGAGCAUGGUCCAGGAAAUGUGCCAAGCAAAAGCUGCUGCUCCUGCCCCUGGAAUCCCCAUCCCACCCACCUGCACACACCUGGAAGAGGCACAGGGACUGAAAUCACCUUUUGGCAAGUGAAGGGGGGCCAAGCCCUAUCCCACAAUUUGUGUUUUUCAUGGAAUAAGUCAUUAUGGGUCUGUGACCCAUUAAAAGAAUGGGAUUUUUUAUAAGUUGGGCAGUUUAAUAAGUUUGCUGAUUUUUAAAGGUUCUCUUGCACAGCACUUCUUUCUAGGUCUCCCUGGAUUGCCUUUUGGUUUAAAAAGAAUUGUUUAUAAGUUUGGGUAAAAAAAUUUUGGUAAAACAAUGUAUUUAGAGGUUUUUUUGUAUCCAUGCAAACAGCUGCUCUAGACACUGAGAGAUAUUUGGGAGAUAUUUGCUAAAACUGUGACUGCUGUUUGGCAAAGCUGCAUUUGUUGGAGUUUAUUGGAAGUUUUUAGAUAUGAAAGAGACUUUCUGGGAUGAUGCUGCAACAGCCUGAGGUGCUGGUAAAGGUGUGAAAUGAGUCUGCCAGCAUCAUCCUCCUCCUGGAGCUUUUCCAGAACCAGGAAAUUCCCUUUUCUUUGGAAUUGGUGUGGUAACUGAGGGCUGAGUCAGGGUGUCCUGGAGCAGCCCCUCAGCAGGUUCCCCCUCAGAGCACAGAAUUGGAGAAAUUAAAACAAAAAUAAAAAAUCCCUGAUUAUUUUUGUCUCUUCCCAAAUUCUGGUAAAUCCUCGGCUUUGCUGCCAGGAGAGGGAAGGUGAUGAACAAUUCCUGCUGUGCAGAAGCCCCAGAGCUGCCCAGACUCUCCCCAGCAUGGGGUUACUGGUGCUGUGCUGGCUCCCAGUAGCCAGGUGGUGCUGGGGCUGGUGGAUCUUCCUCUCGCUGCAACAUUCCCAAAUCCCUGUUUUCCACAUGUGCUCUGACUCUGCUGUGUCCACAGUCAGGAUGUUGAUUCUGUCAAAGGAGAUUUUUAUGAUUUUAUGUUUAUUUUUGAAUCUACUGGUUAGAUUUGGUGUCCUAACGGUAAAGUAUUUUUAAAGGUUAUUUUGUGUGUGCCAGGGUUGGGAUGGGAUCCAAAACACUGGGAAAGCCAAGAGCUCCUCUAACAGUAUUUUCUAUGCUAUUAAUUGACUAAAAAAAAAUGUUUUCUAUGUAGAAUCUAUUUACAAAAUGAGCAUUUUAGUGAUGAAAAGGGCAACCUUUUGAUUUGAAUGUAUGGCAGGCUUUGGAUGUCAGUAAUGAGAGCAGAAAGGAUUUGCCUCUGUAUUUUUGUAUUUGCUUCGAAUAAACCAAUGAACCAAA